AUGAUUGCGCCCACGACUUCGUUGUUGGCCGCGUUCCUGUCCUUGGGCGGCCUCGAGCUCGUCGCAGCCCGGGAGGCAGGACAGGUCCGGGACUUGGGAGCGCGUGAGGUUAGCUCCGCCGUUCCUGGUUCCUCCCAGCCCGUUACGCCUGUCGAGUUGACAACCAGGUCCGAAACGAGCACGCAUGAUUCAGCGCCCACCUCGGACAAUGAACAAACAAGCCCGAUCGUUGACCCUUCACCUGCUGUUAUCGUUGUUCCUGUAACCAUUUCCGUGGACGCCAAUGGUGUUACGCAUACUAUCGUGGGCACGGCACCCAACGUUCCCGGUGCUUCAACGACAACUAGCUCUACCCUUGAGCGUGCAGAGAGUACCCCGGCGGCAGCUGCUGCUACUUCGACGGCGAGCGCGACAACAUCCGACAAGGAUUCAACUACCAGUGACUCGGAAAAGCAGAAGUCUACCUCCGAAUCCGAGAAGCACACUUCCGCGUCUGAAUCGUCAGCGAAACCAGAGGCAGCUUCUUCGUCAGCAGCAGCAACGACGGCAGAGACAGCUUCUUCGUCGGCCGCAGCGGCCGCAGCAGCAGCUACUACAUCUAGCCAGAGUUCGUUGGCUGACUCCUGGGAGAGCUUCAUUUCAAGUAUCUUGGGGUCCUCUACCAGCACCAGCGCAACCUCCACGGCCAGCACUACCGCAUCGCCAGCCGAGUCCAGCUCUGCAACCCCCGCUCCCGCUUCAAGCUCUGCUGGCGUCAUUGUAGAUGUCACGUCAAGCAAGAGUUCUACAAGCGAUAGCUCGACGACUUCGGAGAGUUCUACGGCUAAGGAUUCCACCACUCAAAGCUCAUCCAGCCCAGCAUCCUCGACCCCUGCUUCCACUACGGAGUCUUCGGCCGAGGCUUCGCAGUCGGAAUCUGCCACUCCUAGCUCGAAGGCAGAGACUUCGAGUCAGCUUAUCACUAGCCAGAGCGCAUCUGCCCAGAGUUCUUCCGCUCAGGUCCCUCUGGCUGAGUCUACUUCGAAGUCCGAGUCUUCAACCCAGAGCUCCUCGAGUCAGGUCACAUCUGUUCAGGCCACCUCGUCAGGCGCAGCCUCUCAGACUACUGGGUCAGCAUCCUCGAGCCUCAUCCCGUCUGCAUCUGAAGACGUGACCUCUUCUUCUUCCACCCCCUCAUCAUCAGGAGGUGUCCUCGGCUUCCUCUCGGACCUCUUCCCUACUACCACCACUUCCAGCGGAUCUGCCUCUGCUACUAGCAAGAGUGCAAGCGAGUCUGCCGACUCCAGUGCUUUCCCUCUGAGCCUCCCUACCAUCUCCGUUAGUGUUCCUGUGGUUACGCCUGCCUCAUCUUCUGGAUCGGUCAAUAUUGUUUCUGCCCUACUUGGCACAUCCUCAGGCGCUUCCUUGGAACCUUCGGCUAUUAGUCUGGGUAUCUCGGCCACUUCGACGGCUCUUAUUCCCGGGGCUUCCAGCGGAACCCAGAGCUCCUCAGCGGGAGCCUCGACUCCUAUCAUCAGUGGUGGCAUUGUCAUCAUGCCCACUUCGACUGAAUCUGCUUCUGCUUCCGUCUCAGGAUCUGCCUCGACGGGUCUUUUUGGAACCACUUCUGAAUCAGCAUCUUCUUCAUUGGCUUCUGGAUCCGCCUCUGGAUCUGCAGGCGUCAUUCCUACAUCGGUGUCUGGGUCUGUAUCUGGAUCUGCGGGACUGUUCCCUACGUCGGCGUCUGGAUCCGUUUCGGGAUCUGCAGGUGUUAUUCCUACAUCGGCUCCUGGCUCUGCAUCUGGAUCUGUGUCGGGAUCUGCUUCUGGAUCCGUUUCCGGCUCUGCCAUUGGCACCAGCUCUGCAUCCAAGUUUACCUCCAUUUCUGGCCCUGCCUCUUCAAUACCCUUGAUCACAUCCACCAAGGAGUCCUCGGGUCUGGUAUCUGCGACGCCUUCCUAUGCCCCGUCCACUACCAGCAAGGAAACGCCCACGCCUAUCGCACAACCAACCACGACGACCACCUCGGCCGCUGAGACGACUGUAGCCCCCAAACCGACCACAACCACCUCCGAUUCUGACAACUACCUGCCGUCAAGCAUUCUCGUGGUUGAGCCCACGACUACUACGUCACUGAGCACGGGCACAGCUACCCAUUCGAGUACCAGCACUGCUGCUCCUCAGCUUCCUGGAUCGAUCUCUCCUUCUGGUGGUCUUCCCGAACAGCCGGCCAACGAUACCUUGGUCCAAAUCGGAUUCAAUGGCAAACUGCGCUGGAGCUUUGUGGCCACAACGCCCUUGUCUUCCUCCCAGAUCUUCAUGUAUGUUCCCGAGGGUAUGGGCUACGCGUUGCAGCUCAAUGACUCUGACGUGGUCAUGUACGACCUCCAACCCUACGACAACUCGGCAAGCACUGGCUACAUUGCUACCGUUGCGCUGAUGUAUAUCCCUUCGGAUGACGUUGACACCCUGAGGAAGAUGCUCCACAACCCCAUUUCGAGGCUCUACGAGCAGCCCAACGAGACGGUCAAGACAUUGAUGGCCAUGAUCGACCCUUCCAUCCCUCUUCUGGUGGGCGAGUCGGGUUCUUCCAGUGGCAGCUCGUCCAACAGCGGUGGAUCGGGUAGCAGCAGCAGCAACGGCGAUGGCAGUGACGGUGGCUACGACCAAAGCGAUGCUGGUACCAGCUCAUCUGGAACCACCAAGGCUAGUGCCGUUGGUAUCGGAUGUGGUGCUGUGGCCGGUGCUGCAGCAUAUGGUGCUGGUAUGUUCUGGGUUGCGCGUCGGUACCGGAAGAAGCGCCAGUUGCACCAGCGCUCCCCCUCGAGCGUCGACCAGAUGAGCGAAGGCCGCGGCGCUGGGUCCGUCUUCGGCGCAGGUGGCCGUCUCUCCCGCAACAGCCAGAACAGCCGGGGCACUGGCCGCACCCAGAUGAUCAGCGCGCCGGUGAUGGCCGAGAACUCGCUCGGCUGGAACUAA